AUGAAUUCCCAAAAAGAAUAGAAUAAAACAGCACUAAAUAUCUUCAACACUGAACCAAUUAUCUCUGAUUGCAAAUUUAUUCUACAGCGUUAGUUAUUUGAAUCCAAACCAGAAACAGAGAUAUAUCUAGAGUAUUUAGAAAUACAAGAUGAUGUCAUAAUUGGAAAGGGAUUGUUAAAAACAAGAAAUAUGGAAUACUUGAUAAAUGGAAUAAUAUAAGAUGAAAUGUAUAAUGGUAUUGUCUCUAUAAUAAGCACCAAGGAUAAUAUAAUUUACCAGAAAAUGUUUAUAUAUGGUAAAAAGUAUAAUGUAGACCCUAAAGAUUAGGAAAAUUUCUAUCUAAAAGGAUUUUUUAGAUAAUAUCAAGAUACUGAUGACCCCAAAAACCUCAAACUUAAACAAGGAAAAGUUUAAAAAAGACAUCAUCACAUUGAAUUAAGAGAUCCUGCUCCUACCAAUAUCUUGUUGACUGUUGAAGAUAUCCCAUGUUUAUUAUGUGGGAAGUUAACAUCAAAUCAACAUUUUGUGUGUGGAAGUAAAACAAAAGCUAAUUGUGAUCUUAAACUCUGCAGAGGAUGCUUGGAUAAUAUCCUAUAAAUUAAGAAAGAUGAACUAAGUCGAGAUAUAUUGAAUUCUGAAUAAAAGUCUUUAACUACUUAAAAUGUUGGUUACAUCAAGGCAAUCUUCAGAGAAUUUUUCAGAAAUCAAGGAAAGAAAACAACUUCAAUAUUAAGGGAUUUUUCUGAAUAUAGAUGGUAUGAACUGUAUCAUUUCAAUGAGUAGAAGCUUGAAUUCGAAAUAAAAGAAAAGUUAGAGCUCUAUAUAAGUAAAGUGGAUAAUGAAGAGGGUUCUAUGCAUUUAAUGCACAAUGCAAAAUAGCAUAGAAGAUACGAGUACUCAAUAGAAAACUAACAAUUUUAGGAAGCUUAAAUUGAUGAAAGCUAAGUUUGGGCAUUAAAAAGCUUGAAAUAGAAGGGUUAAAGUAUCCAGGAUAUUUGUGUAUUUCAGGAUCUAAUUCAGUUAAUUAUAGCGAAGAAUUUAUCUUUAAAAUUUAGUGAGGCAAUCAAAGAUUAAGGGUAUAGUUUGCAGUACAUAGAUACAUAUCUCUUGAUACCACUUUUCAAUAAUUCAGGCUAGUAAUACUAUUAAGUUGAAAUGUUCUAAGAAGGUGACAUAGAAAAAUACAAUACGCAGUUACAAGAUAGCUAUUAGAGGAAGAUAUUAUAAAAAACUGAUGGGGAAACAAAUAUAUUUGAGACAUUAAAUGAGGAUUAAUAAUUAUAUUAGAAACUAGCUAGUGCUUUUAGCCAUUGGACUUACUUUAUUACAAAAGAAAUGUUUAUUGUUGUAGAUGUUUAAGGCUGGAGGGAUGGAAAAAUUUUAAAUUUAACUGAUCCUUUGAUUCAUUCAUACUUAUAAGGAAUGUUUGGAAUUUAUGAUUUAGGAGAAUAUGGAAAAUAGACAUGGCUAAAGAAUCAUGAUUGCGAAAAUAAUAAAUUUUGCAAUUAUCUAGGACUAUAAAAAACUAAAACUACAGAUAAUUUUGAAGUUGGGUUUGAACUGACAGAGAUCAUGAGAUAAUUUCAAUAGAACUAAAAGAUUUUUCAAAUUCAGUUCUAAACAAUGGUUACUGAAAUAUACAAUGAUGAUAAUUAUAUUGAUAUUGAAGAGAUAUAUAUUUCAAAAUGA